GAUGUUUCCUUCUCAAUUUUCUCGUUUUUCUCGACCAUCUUCAUCAAUUAUUCAAUUUAUUUUAACAAAAAAUUCUUCCUUUAAAUUAUUUGGAGAUUUUGGGAAAUAUUCAAUUUCAACUUCUUCAACUUCAUUUUCUAUAGCAGAAAGGCUAAAACUUCAAAAGGAAUUAUCUACUACAAAACCCAAAGAAGAACAAUUAAAACAAUUUAAUGAUUUUGUAGAAAUUGAAAAUAAAAUUUUGGCAAUGGAUAUUUUAAAACAAUUUAAAUUAAUUGUGAAAUUAAGUAAAGAUUUGGACGAUAAAAUGGUUAUUAGAUUAAUUAAAAAUUUGAGAGGUAUUGAUGUUUCUUCUUUUUGCCCUUUAAGACUUGAAGAUGCAAAAUUAUUUGUUGGAGCGAUUGAUAAACUUUUGGGUUCUUUACCUAGUGAAUAUCCUGAUACGCCAAAAAUUGUUCAUACAGCUUUCGAGUCAACAACUCCUCCAAUGUUUUCUAAAAAUGUUUACGAGCCACAAAUAAUUCAAACAAAUUUGCGUGUUUUGGAAGCUCGUUUAGUUGAUAGCCGAAUUGUUGGGCAUUUAAUUGUUGAAUUUAAAAGUGUAGAAACUGUUGGAGAAAAUAAAGAAGAAAAGUUUGAAUUUACAUUUACAGCCCUUCCUUGGCUUAGAAAACAAUUAACUUAUUUAUUGCAUAAACAUGGGGCUGGAGAAUUUAAUCAAUUAAAAAUACCCGAAUGGUUUAAACAAAAAUCACUUGAAUAA